AUGUCUCGCAAAGGUGUUGGUCUAGCAGCUUUCGAUAGAUCUCGAAUCGCUUCUGCUCAAUAUGCGUCUCACGGAAAUACUCUUCGCAGCUCUCACUCUAUGUCUAUAGCUACUCAAUUAUCAGUCUUCCGUUCUUUACUUCAGCAAUUUGCUCAAACUCAUGCCAAAGAUAUACGUUCGAAUCCCAUUUUCCGCGCCGAGUUUGCACGCAUGUGUUCAGCUAUUGGAGUGGACCCUUUGGCCAGUAGUAAUAAUGCUGGAGGUAAAGAUGGGAGUGGAAGUUUUUGGGCUCAGAUGCUUGGUACAAGUGUGAAUGAUUUCUAUUUUGAGCUGGCAGUAAGAGUUGUGGAAGUCUGUGGCGCUACACGGGAAGAAAAUGGUGGGCUUAUUGGUGUUAAAGAAGUCAAAGACAGAAUUAUGAGCACACGAAUGGAAGGUGGAGCUGAAAUAUCUGAUGAUGAUAUCCUUCGUGCCGUGACUACCCUAAAACCCCUUGGUUCUUCCUACUCCACUAUAACCGUUGGCCAUAAAACAUAUAUCCGUUCGAUACCCAAAGAACUUAAUACAGAUCAGAGUGCAGUUCUGGAAGCUGCGCAGCUACUUGGAUACGUCAGUGUCGGAAUGCUCAUGCUAAAUCUUCGAUGGCCAAGAGCAAGAGCCAAGACAGCUAUUGAAGAUUUAGUCUCAGAAAGUAUGUUAUGGGUCGACAAACAAAGCGAAGAGUGGGAGUAUUGGAGCCCUGGAUUUAUGCUGGAAGUGGACGAAAGUGGAAAUGCUGGAUGA